AUGACGUACUCGGACGUUCGCUUCAAUGGAUCGCUCUUUGCAUCGGACAUCUACCGGCUACCUCCAAGUCCGGAGGUCGACCAGAAAUGGCUUGACCUAGGGUUGAACCUCCGACCUCAUAUCAUUCCUGCAGCACGUGCCGAGAAGGCCGGACUCAUGCCGAACCAGGCCAAGCGCCUGGAUUCCCAAGGAGGCGGCUACUUUGUCGAGGUUGAGGCCAUCCAUCAUCUUCACUGCUUGAACGUCCUACGCCAGAACGUCUGGUUCAACGCAGAAUACUAUCGCGAACGCAAGAUCGGGGUCUGGGCUAACUUCGAGCCCGUUGUACGGCUGCACGUUGGUCACUGUAUCAACACUCUCCGUCAGCAGCUCAUGUGCACGGCCGACACGGGUCUAUUUGGACAGAUGUUGGUGAAUUCGACGGCGCUGAGGACCUUUGCGGACUUUAGCACGCACAACAAGUGCAAGGACUUUGACCGCGUCCGAACAUGGGCAGUUGAGCAUCAGUCGCGGGAGGGGGAUGUCGCGGCGUAUCCGGAGGGAGAUCUUGUCAUUGACAGAUAUCCUUAG